UAUCGGAGGCAGCUGACCUUUGAGGAGGAAAUCGCUGCUCUCUGCUCCUUCCUGUAGUAACAGCCGCCGCCGCCGCCGCCGCCGGGAGCCGGGCCGGAGGAGAGCCGCGGCCCAGAGCCGCCCGCCGCCCGGACGGCCGGUGCCGCCAGGUGAACGGCCAUGGCGGGCUGGAUCCAGGCCCAGCAGCUGCAGGGGGAUGCGCUGCGCCAGAUGCAGGUGCUGUACGGCCAGCACUUCCCCAUCGAGGUGCGCCACUACCUGGCCCAGUGGAUCGAGAGCCAGCCCUGGGAUGCCAUCGAUCCAGAAAAUCACCAGGACCAAGACAAGGCCUCCCAGCUCCUGCAGGGCCUGGUGCAGGAGCUGCAGAAGAAGGCGGAGCACCAGGUGGGGGAAGACGGGUUCUUGCUGAAGAUCAAGCUGGGGCACUACGCCAAGCAGCUCCAGAACACGUAUGACCGCUGCCCCCUGGAGCUGGUCCGCUGCAUCCGGCACAUUCUGUACAAUGAGCAGAGGCUGGUCCGAGAAGCCAACAACGGCGCCUCUCCCGUUGGGAUGCUGGUGGACGCCAUGUCCCAGAAGCACCUUCAGAUCAACCAGACCUUCGAGGAGCUGCGGCUGGUCACGCAGGACACGGAGAACGAACUGAAGAAGCUGCAGCAGACGCAGGAGUACUUCAUCAUCCAGUACCAGGAGAGCCUGCGGAUCCAAGCCCAGUUCGCCCAGCUGGCCCAGCUGACCCCGCAGGAGCGCCUGAGCCGGGAGACGGCCCUGCAGCAGAAGCAGGCGUCCCUGGAGGCCUGGCUGCAGCGCGAGGCGCAGACGCUGCAGCAGUACCGCGUGGAGCUGGCCGAGAAGCACCAGCGGACCCUGCAGCUGCUGCGGAAGCAGCAGACCAUCAUCCUGGACGACGAGCUGAUCCAGUGGAAGCGGCGGCAGCAGCUGGCCGGGAAUGGGGGCCCCCCUGAGGGCAGCCUGGACGUGCUGCAGUCCUGGUGUGAGAAGUUGGCCGAGAUCAUCUGGCAGAACCGGCAGCAGAUCCGCAGAGCGGAGCACCUGUGCCAGCAGCUGCCCAUCCCCGGCCCCGUGGAGGAGAUGCUGGCGGAGGUCAAUGCCACCAUCACAGACAUCAUCUCAGCCCUGGUGACCAGCACGUUCAUCAUCGAGAAGCAGCCCCCGCAGGUGCUGAAGACCCAGACCAAGUUCGCAGCCACCGUGCGCCUGCUGGUGGGGGGGAAGCUGAACGUGCACAUGAACCCGCCCCAGGUGAAGGCCACCAUCAUCAGCGAGCAGCAGGCCAAGUCGCUGCUCAAGAACGAGAACACCCGCAACGAGAGCAGCGGCGACAUCCUGAACAACUGCUGCGUCAUGGAGUACCACCAGGCCACCGGCACCCUCAGCGCCCACUUCAGGAACAUGUCACUGAAGAGGAUCAAGCGUGCGGACCGGCGGGGCGCGGAGUCGGUGACGGAGGAGAAGUUCACGGUCCUGUUCGAGUCCCAGUUCAGCGUGGGCAGCAACGAGCUCGUGUUCCAGGUGAAGACCCUGUCCCUCCCCGUGGUUGUCAUUGUUCACGGCAGCCAGGACCACAAUGCCACGGCCACCGUGCUGUGGGACAACGCCUUCGCCGAGCCGGGCAGGGUGCCCUUCGCCGUGCCCGACAAAGUGCUGUGGCCGCAGCUGUGCGAGGCGCUCAACAUGAAGUUCAAGGCCGAGGUGCAGAGCAACCGGGGCCUGACCAAGGAGAACCUCGUGUUCCUGGCGCAGAAGCUGUUCAACGGCAGCAGCAGCCACCUGGAGGACUACAACAGCAUGUCCGUGUCCUGGUCCCAGUUCAACAGGGAGAACCUGCCGGGCUGGAACUACACCUUCUGGCAGUGGUUUGACGGGGUCAUGGAGGUGCUGAAGAAGCAUCACAAGCCCCACUGGAACGACGGGGCCAUCCUAGGUUUUGUGAACAAGCAGCAGGCCCACGACCUGCUCAUCAACAAGCCCGACGGGACCUUCCUGCUGCGCUUCAGCGACUCGGAGAUCGGGGGCAUCACCAUCGCCUGGAAGUUUGACUCGCCCGACCGCAACCUGUGGAACCUGAAGCCGUUCACCACGCGGGACUUCUCCAUCCGGUCCCUGGCCGACCGGCUGGGCGACCUGAACUAUCUCAUCUACGUGUUCCCCGACCGGCCCAAGGACGAGGUCUUCUCCAAGUACUACACGCCCGUGCUCGUCCUGACCCCGUCCUUGACCAGGACGGAGACUUUGACCUGGACGAGACCAUGGACGUGGCCCGGCAUGUGGAGGAGCUCCUACGCCGGCCGAUGGAGAGCCUGGACCCCCGCCUGUCCCCUCCGGCCGGGCUCUUCAGCUCUGCCCGGGGCUCGCUGUCCUGAGCGUGUGAAUCCCACACUUCUCGGAAACAAUGCCCACGCGAAGGGUUCCUGUCCGUCUGUGAUUUUCGUGUUGCUGUGCAUAUUGGUGCCCUUGCAGGCAGCACGUGUACGCGUGCAUACGUGUGUGUAUAUCUGCGCCCACCUCGCCUUCGCAGUCCUAGGUAUCCCAGGAGUCCCGGGCCCGUCUCUGCGGUGGGAGAGGCGGAGCCGUUCCCGUCGCACAGGAAGCCUCCGCCGGGGCUUGUCCGCUCAGCAGCUGUUUGUAUGAAACUGUGUACGGAGGGGACUAGAGACGGGCAGCAUCUCUAAACUUUACUCCCGACUUAGAAGCUUUGCCUCCCAAAUGUGUUUGCGCGCGCACGCACGCCCGUGCGCGCGCGCGUAUCUGUGCAUCUGCUCUCACGCACCCGUGUGGGUCUGUCGCUUCUUCCCUUGGGAGGUUGGGCUCAGUGUUUUCUACUUUAUCGGAUGUACAUGGACUCCAGACGUUCUGUGAGCCAAGAGCUUGUUAUGUAGGUCGUGGCCAAGUCCCCAGCAGCAGAAAUGGGUCAUUUGAGUCAGGCCCACCAAAGCUGCUCUGAGUGUGUCAUUUCUUGGCCUCCCUCAUCCAGAGCAUGGUGCCCCGGCCAAGGCUCCCGCUCCUUCUCACCCAGCACCCCCUCCCCCCCAUCUGGCCCCGCCUCCUGUCCUUGCCUCUGUGGCUUACAGGAGAGGUAGGGGAGGAAGACAGGUGUAGGACCUGGUGUUGCAGGGCUGAUCCCUUCUGAUCCUGGAAAUAACCUGCAUGGAGAGACAGCAGCAAAUCAGCUGGGAUCUGAAGUGAGGGGUGAAAGCCGAUCCCUGCUUGCAAGCUGCUGGGAGGCGGGGCCUGGCAGAGGCCUCCCCACAGUUGCAUAACCCGCUGUGGUGGGAGAAGGCCUGGCUCGCAGCCUCGCUGGCUCUGCCCUCCGAGGCUGUCUGGCCUGCAGCCAAGGGCAGCUGACAGUGGGAUCGCGGGAGCCCCGGGUUGGAAUCUCUCUGAAGGCACAGGGGGGGGGUGAGAAGAGGGAGUCUUUUGUACCUUGUACAUAGGCCACACACUUGUGAAGUGUUUUGAAAUAAAGUAUUUUUUUUUUCCAUAAAA